GAGGGCGAAAGCAGGAGCCAGGGUCCCAACCCCCUGGCCACGAGAGAGGCAAUCAGCAGCUUGCAUUCGCUGUGCAAAAAGUGCGUGAGUGAGUUCCGAUAUUCUCACAGCGAUCGGCUGCAUCGCUGCCCGGAUUACCGAAGAUGGGCGGCAACGGCGAAGAUCUUCGUCCAAGCUUUGCGGAAGCUUCUCGUGAGAUCGAGCGUGGCCCUCCUCCCUCUCGGAGAUCGAGGUCGAAACCGAAACGGGAAGACGACAACCGAGAUGACAGGAGGAAGGGAGACAGCAAAGGAGGACCAGCCAGGAACGAUAUAAGUUCGCAGAAGAUCCUUGAGCAGCUUGAAGAGAUGAUGAAGUUGAUCAGCACGCAGACUGCCACACUUGCCACAGUGUCGUCCGCAGCGGUGGCAGCAGCUGAGACUGCCAGAGCCGCGGCAGAGGCGGUGCAAGCGAUCCAGUCCCAUGCAUCUGUCGAGGCAGCUGGGCCUGCACUUGUACAAGUAGGCUUUGCUCACGCACCGGCAGGAGGACAUCCGACUCCCGAACCUCACGCAGGACCCAGGGAAGAUGAGACGCUGUUCGAGGAGGAAAAAGAAAUAAAACCAGAAGUAGAAAAACACCUAGUAAAGGCAUCCAGGAAAUUCGAAAAGACGUUGAAGAAGUACAUGACCACUGAGAAGACAUUCAAAAAAGUAGAAGCGGAGAUUACCGUCCUGUCGGAGAACAUGCACACCGUGGAGAGCCACAGGUAUCCACCCGGAGUCCGACCUUUCAAAUCCCCCAGCGAGAUCAGAGAGUUGGAUGACCAGUGGAACGCCUCCAAGAACCAAGCAUUUGAAAUUCGCAUCCCCGUUGCCAUGGGUAUGUCGCGCAGGUGUGUUUUGGCGCUGGUGCACCACGAGUGGACCCGCAUCAGUAAGUCGGUGUACUCCGAGGCCGUGCAGGACCACCUGGAGGCGUUGAAGCCACUCACAUCCAAGAAGGCCUUCUACGAGACCUGCAAAGUGAACAGCACUGAUGGCGCAGAGGAGGACAUUGCGAUGGAUGAAGAGUCCAGGCGUGCAUUAUCGUCUCUUGUUCUUGAUGAGCCUGAUCGGCCACGUCCUAAUGAGUUGCUUGUUCGUCGGAGGGCCGAGGUGUUGUACACAGAGGUCCACGACAAGAUUAUCAAGCUUUUGGAGGAGGAGGACAAGCAGAAAAAGGAGCAGAAGGAACAGCAAAGGAAGCAGGACGAGGAGGAUGCAAAAGCAAAGCCGGCCGACAUCCUGAAGUCCAUCAUUGGCCGCGAGGUCGAUGCCAAGAUUAGUCAAUGGUCUGGUGGAGGUGACCAGCAAACCCAGGCAGAGGCAAGCGACCAGGAUGAUGCACAAAAGAUGGUAGAAGCCAUAGAAGAAGCCCGGCAAAAAAAGAUAAGAGAACAACGGGCCUUGAAGAAGGAGAAAAGAGAAGAGCAAACCAAAGCAAAGCGGUCCCAGACAAACCAUGAGAGCAAAGGCAAAGGGAAAUGCAAGGAUAGCGACAAAGGCAAAGGUAAGGGCAAAGACAAAAAUAAAUAUAAAGAUAAGUGGAACGACCAAGGCAAGGAACCUGGCAAAGGUAAGGGCAAGAGCAAGGAUAAAAAUAAGUACCGCGAAGGAAAAGGUCAGGGAAACGGCGCGUCCCCACCUGGGAGGGUGGGGCAAGCGUGGCACACAGCACCGGCAUGGACAUCGCCAAAAACGUGGCAAUGGACCAAGAAGUGGGGCGCCAACAGCAAAUGGCGCACACGUCAGUACGCCGGUGCAAAAAAGUAUUGAGGACCGGUCGGUGGAGGGCAUCUUUAAGAGCAAGUAGAAUAUCAAAUAAAGAAGCGAAUCGGUUGGAAUUCUUGAUGCGUGGAUCUACUAUGCUAGAUUGGGAGAAGAUGGCAGUGUUCCCUAGUGUCACUUCCCAUGUCUAUGUAUACGAUUCGGGGAGGCGCGACAACAUUCCAGCUGAGGGCCUGCCAUGGCCCAUCCUUUGGCUGUUGGGGAGGUACAGCCGCAAACACAUAUUCUACGGCAGAGCCCUUCCGCGAUUAGACAAGUUUACAGAUGAUGUGAAACAAUUUGAAAACAAAGUCGUGUGGAGGUGGUUUCAUAAGGGCAUUGGGGGAUGUGCCUACCGAAUCCCGCACACACGGACCCCUACACCAAAUGUUGUUGUGGAGCCAGCGUUGAAAGCGUGGUUGUCGCAAUUCCGGCAAACAGUUGUGCACGCAUUCAAGAAGCUCCGGUCGAAACACAUUCGUGCUCGAGAGUUUUCAAACAUGUACCCUGCCAUCAAGCUCGCCCGCAGCAUGAUGGAGGAGCGGCGAUUGGUUGCAGUGCCUAAUGACAAGGAGCCCGGC